AUGGCAACUACUUUGGUACCAGGAGCCUCUCUGAGGAACAAGAACUUUCUCGAGGCGAUACAGCAAGCCGGCAGUCCCACAAUGUACCCAUUACCUGCCGAGCCGGCCCGUUUUGUAGCGGGAAAGUCACUGUCAAGUACUCCGGUCGACGAACUGAACCGUAGGAUUCGAGAGCUCUGUGGCACAGACCCCAGAACUCUGCUCACUAUGGCGAAGAUGGAAGAAGACGAUCGGAAGUCCUGGGUGCGACUGGCCCACUUCAUGAUUCUCCUGGCCAAUGAACAGCACCAGGAAACUGCCGUUGUAGUGGGCGUGGCUGCUGUUCUCAGUCUGACCCUGUUUCACGGGCAAACCGGGACGUCCGUCUACGUGCGCUGGGGGAGGAAAACUUGUCCGACCAAUCAUGGGACAGAGCUGAUUUACUCUGGUGUGGCUGGAGGUUCGGCGCACGACCAGCCAGGCGGCGGGACCAACUACCAGUGUCUGCCGACCGACCCACAGUGGGGACGGUACCAAGAUGGAGUCCAAGGGGGGAAGGCUUUCAUGUACGGCGCUGAGUACCAGUUGAACACAAACAUCCCGUUCGGCUCCACUUCUCUUCACGAUAACGACGUCCCGUGUGCGGUCUGCUACGUCCCAACCCGCGGCAGUAAGUUAAUGAUCCCCGCCCGUAACACCUGUUAUAGCGGCUGGACCCGCGAGUACCAUGGCUACCUCAUGGCUGAACACCACAGUCACGCCGGGUCUAAAGAGUACGUCUGUGUGGAUGAACAGCCAGAGGUGAUGCCAGGCGGACAGGCGAACCAUAACGGAGCGCUGUUCUACCCCGUAGAAGCCCGCUGUGGGUCCCUGCCGUGUUCCCAUGACCACUACGUGGAAGGGAGGGAACUCACCUGUGUCGUCUGUACAAAGUAGAACGUUAACCGUUGUUUCCUUCGAUAGGAAGAUUUUGCCAUGGUAGAAUGACUGUAUGUAUGUUAACAGCAUGCUUAUUACCUUC